UCAACGUACUAAACUUCCACAUUCUCGGAAGGAUUUUAACCGGAGAGGCGUUCAUGGUCUCUCGCUCGUUAUCACGGCGUUUCCCAACAGGAACUAAACUCAGCUGAGCCAGUGGACAAUGUAUAAACCAGAAUCUUAUUUUUUCCCCAUUUUGGAUGAUAUUUUGUAGAAACUAGCCACCAUCUCCGCCGGUAACGCCUCCUUGUAGCCUGUUUCAAAGUACAACUGGCUGUUAGCUAACAACUCAGGUGAGAGUUCGCCGGUUCGAAGGACGUUUUACCGGCUGGACGGCAUCUCAUUUCGGUUACUGCACGCUGGUCUACUUACUGUUUAUUAAUUUUUUUUCGGGGAGACCACAUUUGCUGUCAAGGUGUUUUUAAAGAAGCGUCCGAAAAUGAGUCGAAGAGGUGAAACCGCCGAGAAAACGUCCGCAGCUUCGGCUUCCUCGCCUUCUAACGUCGCAUUAGACCACCGACAGAGGAUGAAAAUCAUUUAUGUCACGUAUAUCAUCGCUGCUUUGGACAUCACAUGGAUGUUUUUGCAGUUUGCUGUCACCCCUUAUUUGGCAAAGAAACUCGGCUUCGACACCUUGUGGUUUGGCUACUUGCAAACCACGGUCGGAGUGAUUCAGCUGCUUGGAGGUCCUCUGUUUGGAAGGUUUGGAGAUCUGUUCGGGGCUCGAGCAGCUUUGUCUCUGGCCUGCUCUGCAACCACCAUCUUCUUCCUGCUGCUGGCCGUAGCAAACCAUCCUGCCAUGCUGUUCAUCCAUAAGCUGCCCACAAUCUUUAUGCACGUCCUCCCUGCCUCUCAGAUGGUCGUCACCGACCUUUCAGAACCUGACAAGCGGGCCGAUGCUUUGGCCAAGCUGGGUCUGAGUUUCGGCAUCGGGAUGAUAGUCGGCUCCACGCUGGGCGGACAGUUAAUCAAGCACUACGGGGAGACGUUUACUGCAUGCGUUGGUGCUGCAGGGAGCUUCUUCAGUUUUCUGCUGGUUUUGCAGUUCAUCCCAAAAACCACUAAAAUUGCAGCUCCUGAAAACAACACGAAAUCCGAUGACAACAAAAACAAGUCGGUAUUCAACGUGGGAGAGAUCACCAGACUGAUGAAGUAUCCAAGAGUGAUGCGAACUUUUCUCAUCAAGAUCUUCGCAGGUUUGCCAUCAGGCAUUUUUCAGGUGAUGUUCUCCAUCAUUGCGCUGGAAUUCUUCAAGCUGGAGCCUGAGCAGAACGGCUACCUCAUGGCCUAUUUUGGCAUCGUUCAAAUGGUUCUUCAGGGAGGAGUGAUCGGUCGCCUCACAGAGAGAUACUCUGAGAAUUCCAUGCUGCUUGUGUCAGUCGGAGUUGCUUCUGUUGUGGGACUUGGUCAGGCCUACAUGCAGACUGUGGUCCAGUUUUGCAUUAUCGUCGUCCCAAUGAUGUUUUCUCUCAGUAUGUUUACCGUCAUCACAGACAGCAUCCUCACCAAUAGCGUACCAUCCGCCGACACAGGCACAAUGCUGGGACUCUGUGCAUCUGUUCAAUCUCUGCUUCGCACAGUCGGACCAACUCUUGGCGGCUUCCUUUAUGUGAGCUACGGCAUCAUUUCUAUAGGACUAAUCCAGUUUUUUGCCAAUAUUGGUGUGUUCCUUUACAUGCUGCAGCAACAUCGAAACAAGUCCGGCGAGCGGCGGGAAUGACACCUCUCAGUCUUGUUUUCAUCUCCUAGUUAUCCAAAAAACUUUACAAAAACACAAGAUAGGACAGAAAACGGUGUUUGAUUAUAGGAACAAUCUGUUUUUUGCAAUUUUAUGUAGUCAUAUGUUUUAUCCGUUCCAUUUUUAAAGUAAUGAGAUCAGGCCAAAUCAUUCCAGGUUGUUAGUAUUCAGGGUUUGUGUUCUGUAGUUGAAGUUGUGGUGGAGAUUCAGGAACAAACCACUAGAUGGCAGCAAACCCUCCUUUAUAUCCUUCACAGCACUUAAAUUUUCUCAAAUAAACACUGCUCCAGUCAACAGCAUCCCUACUUGAAGACAGUUAUAUGUAGAGAUAACUAAAAUUUGUAAUCAAGGUUUAUUUUCUAAUGAGUUAUUGUUAAAAAUAAUUGUAUUUUUGUUUCUGAAUUCCGUUAAAUGCAUUAUCAUAUUCCAGACCUGUUUUAGCAUUGAGACGGUGCACCGAACUGAAAAAUUUUAGCAUUUAAAUGCUCUUUUAAAGGCAUUUAUCUCUCAUACAAAUGAAUCUGUGGCAGAAAUGGACAAGUGAAUGGUGAGAAUAUAAAUAUCAAAGUUAUUUUUAGAACGUUUCUGCCACUAUGAUGCCAGUGUGGUCCUUAAAAAAGCCAAAUCAUUUGCAAGAGAUUCUUAUGCGAUUAUCCGUCCAUGCGUUUACUCAAUAUUCUAAUCAUCUACAAUGAUGCUAAAACACAUGAUGGCCUUAUAAACUACAGCAUUUCGUUAAAAAUGAAGCAGCUGUUUUCAGGAGAAGAGCAAAAAGGAUGGUGGGAGAUUGUACCCAUAGAACUGGAGAAGUUUUUAAUGGAACCAUUUCUAUAAAGUCAUUUUAACAGUGGACCGUCCGCCCUUUCAACCGCCUGUAACUCAGUAGUUCUGACCAACCAGCAAACGUUUACACUGAUUUUGUAGCAAUUCAAAUCUUUUGUAUUAUUUCCACUGAUAAAUAUAUAUACACACUAUAAAAAUGCAUCUAUUUUGUAUAUGUAAAUAAAUGAUCUUUACACGUUU